AUGGCUGCUGCGUCGUUACCGCCGCCUUUCAUCGACGUACCUGGCAUUGCUAACUUUCGAGACAUCGGCGAUGAUGGGAAGAUUCGCAAAGGUCUCGUCUACAGGUCCGCCGAUCCGAGCAAGGCGACAGAGGAAGGCCUUCAAAAGAUGGGCCGGGAUUUAGGCAUUAAGUACAUAUUUGAUCUUCGCUCGCUGCCAGAAAUACAGCGCGAUGGCCCAGAAUGGGCAGGAGUCGAGCUCGAUCAACAAGAGGACCCCUUCCACGCUCAUGGCAUGAUCCGAUCAUGGGUCCCUGUUUUCGCAGAAGCAGAUUACGGGCCGGAGCAGGUAGCCGUAAGAUACAGGCAUUAUACCACGGGGUCAGAAGGCUUCGUCAAAGCGUACAACGACAUCGCGCUCGCAGCGCCGCCAGCCUAUGGCGCGAUCUUUCGACAUCUAUCCAAGCCAGACCCCGAGCCGUGCCUCAUCCAUUGCACCGCUGGCAAGGAUCGCACCGGCGUCAUAGUGGCCCUGUUGUCGCUUCUUGCAGGACGAGAGAAAGAGGUGAUUGCAGAAGAGUACAGCCUCACGGAUAGUGGUUUAGAACACUUGAAACCGCUGUUCCAAGAAAGGCUGCUGCAGAAUCCGGCGCUGCAAGGCAAUACGGAAGGUGUACUGAACAUGAUCAGUAGCAAGAAGGAGAAUAUGCUUGCAACGGUGGAUAUGCUCUUGAAGGAUUUCAAUGGGCCGGUUGAGUACAUGAAGCAGUACUGUAAGAUGAGUGAUGCAGAAAUUGAGCUGCUGAGAAAGAAUCUCGCGCCAGCGGCAUAGCAUAGCAUGAUGAGCAUGGUUGCAUUUUGGCACACCUAUGGACACUAGACGGCGAUAGACGAUCUGGAUAAAGCCAUCUAGCAUCAACCUGGGAGCUGAGCCGCGCAUGUCUACCGCCUUCCCUGCGGCAUGUAUCGCGCCACUAUGUAGGUAUAUCCGCUGUUGGAUACCGCCAUUCCCACGCCGAACCGUCUGGU